AUGGCGCCAGGUAUAUCAUAUGACGAGUCUGGCUCUUUGGCCAGUUACUUUGGCGUAACUUUCUUAGCUAUCAUAUUGAUACCUUGGACUUUGGCAUCUACUAGAUCGAAGGGGAAGAAAUCAGUUCAACCUUUAUGCCCAUGUAAAGAAUGUCAAUCAACUCCAGCAAGGAUACAUUCAAUCAAAUCAACAAAACGUAAAAGGAAAUUCAUCCAGAAAUCAUUACCAUUAUUAUUAGCUUGGGGUUUAUUCGGUUAUUUAUGUUAUUCACUUUCUGUAGCACCGAGAUUAGAAGGUGAAACGGUUUACAACCCAUUUGAAAUUUUGGGUUUGAGCGAUAGCUCGAACGACAAACAAAUCAAGAAACAUUACAAGAAAUUGAGUUUACAAUUUCACCCCGACAAGAUCAAAUUGGCCGAAAAUCAAACACAAGAAGAUGCCGACGCGAAGUUUGUUGAACUCACAAAAGCUUAUAAAUCACUCACGGAUGAAGUCACUCGUGAUAAUCUAGCUAAAUACGGUAAUCCCGAUGGACCUCAACAACGUGAAGAUAAAAUCGCGAUUCCGCAAUGGGUCGUAGAGGGUAAAAAUAGUAUUUGGGUUUUAGGUGCUUAUGGUUUAGUACUUGGAGGUGGUAUUCCCUGGGUAGUGGGCCGAUGGUGGUUUGCUCAACGAAAACUCACCCGAGAUGGUAUUCUUAACCCAACAGCAGAAAUCUUCUUCCAUCAGUUACGUGAAGAUACAGACUUCAUCUCGCUCAUCUCUUUACUCGCUUCCGCCCUUGAGUUCUCAGCGAUUCUAGGCGCAAAGAAGAGAGGAUCAAAGAAAGAACGUAAAGAACGACAAGCUAAAAUUGAUGAUCUUGAGACUGUCGUUGAAGCCAAGAAAGCGGAAAUUGGAAUUGAAGAGCAUCCAUUGAUGAGAAAGGAGAAUAGAGUUCAAGUUACCACUGCUGUGGCUAAACGUGCUCGAGCACUGCUAUGGGCUCAUCUGUUGAGGAUUGGUCUGAAUGAUCACGAAUUGGAGUCCGACAAGCUUGCUGUUCUCCGGGUCACUCCCCCUCUCCUCAACGCAUUAGCGAAUAUUUCUCUCGCUCACAAUUGGCUCACAACAUCUUUGCUCUGUAUUAAACUUCAGCCUGCUCUCGUUCAAGCUCUCCCAGCGGACGUGUCACCCCUUGCCCAAUUACCUGGGGUCAGCCCAGAAAAAGGUACCGAGCUUCAAAUCGUGAAUAAAGCUGAAGGUGCAAGAUGGCUUGAGAAAUGGGUCAGAACCGAAAAGAAAGAUGUCAGCGCGGAAGCAGUAGAAGUAGCUAAAUAUUGGCCAAGGUUGGAGGUUCUGGACGCAGAAUUCAAGGUCGCUGGAGAAAGUCUCGUCACGCCCAGCUCAAUUGUUGAGCUCACGUACAAAUGCCGAUAUGUUUAUCCUACUACUCCAGUGUCUUUACUCUCCAAGUCUAAAUCAGCUCUCCCAAAUGGCGAUAUCAAAGACGAGAUCGGUACCGCAGAUUCUGUUGCUGAUGUCGAAGAAUCCGUGACCAAGGUUGAAGAGGAACAAGAGAAACCUGAUAUUACGGAUGUAAAGGAGAAGAUCGUAGAGAUGGUUGAGAAACCAGCUAAAGUGGGAACUGAAGGCAAAUCAGUGAAAAAGACUGAAGUUCCUCCCAAUGGAUUCGCUCAUGCUCCUUACUGGCCUCAACUACGAAAACCUCACUUUUACGUAUUACUCGGUGACUCAAAGCUGGAUAAAGUAAUUGUACCACCAGUCAAAAUUACCGACAUUCCUUUGCCUAGAUCAGACGGAUUACCUGGUGAAGCUAAAGAAUUCACAUUACAAUUCCAAGCUCCACCACAAGCGAAUUUGUAUUCCUUUGUCGCUCAUUGGAGAAGUGACACAUUCUUAGGAUCAGAUAUUCAAGUCCCAAUUAUGCUUAAAGUGGAAGAUAUGCCAGCAGAAGAAGAGAUAAAUGAGGAAGAUGAAGAUGACGAUAUAUCUGAGCCUGAUGAAGAUACGUUGGCAGGCCAAAUGGCAAUGAUGAGAGGUGGAAAGGUCAAACCCUCAGCUGUACAUGGAAAUAAUGAUGAAGAUGAUGAAUCAGGAACAGAAGAAGAAUAUGAAAGUUCAAGUGAUGAAGAAGGUCCAAAGAAAAGAGUUCGAGCAUAUAAUGAGGAUAGUGACACCGAUAGUGAUUAG